CUCUAAUCAUUCUUUUCUUUUGGACUUUUUUAAUAUUUGGUUAACUUUUUUUUCUUUUUUGAUUUUUGGGUUUAGAUGUGGCACAAGAAGAUGAGUUUUGAGGCAGUUUCUGAUGAAGUAUUGGGAACUUUUGUCCCAAUUGUAGUGUAUUGGUUAUACUCUGGAAUGUAUGUUGUCUUGGAUUUGUUAGUAGGUGACAAGUAUCGUUUACACUCAAAGAAAGAUGAGGAUGAAAAGAAUGUCGUGCCCAAAAAAGUUGUGAUAAAAGGAGUUCUUAUGCAACAAUUUCUUCAAGCUAUGGUUGCAAUCACAUGUUAUAUGGUUAUUGGGAAUGAUGGAGAGAAUGUUGUCGCAGAUGAAAAGAGUAGCUCUCUUAUUAUUUUGAUAAGACAAUUUUUUAUUGCUAUGGUUGUUUUGGACACUGUGCAAUACUUCAUGCAUCGGUUUAUGCAUCAAAAUAAAUUCAUGUACAAGCAUAUUCAUUCUCAACACCAUCGACUCGUUGUGACCUAUGCUUACGGAGCUCUAUACAAUCAUCCUUUAGAAGGACUUUUCGUCGACACAUUUAGUGGUGCAAUGGCAUUUUUAGUGUCUGGGAUGUCUCCUCGAGCUUCCAUUUUCUUCUAUACAUUUGCCACUAUCAAGGCUGUGGACGACCAUUGUGGCAUAUGCUUGCCUUGGAAUAUUUUUCAUGUCAUUUUCAAAAAUAACACCGCUUAUCACGAUAUACAUCAUCAAUUUUAUGGCAACAAGUACAACUUUUCUCAACCUUUCUUUGUUAUGUGGGAUAAAUUACUUGGAACUUACAUGCCAUACUCUGUGGAGAAGAGAGUAAAUGGGAGAUUGGAAGCACGACCUGAUAGAAAUUAUAAAUGUAUCAAGUGAAAAUAACGUGCAAUGCACAUUUACUUAGUUUUAUUUUUUUUUAAAUAUAUUAAUUUAUUGUUAUUAUAUUUUUUAUUGGUAUGUAAAUUUA